GUGUCUGGAUUACAGCGCACGAAAAAGAUAAAAGUGUAGCAAACAGCUCUAAGCUCUAUGUGUGGGAGAAAAAAAGAGAACUGGAUUAAGGUUCUUUUACAACUGUUUCAGGUCCAAAGAAGUAACAAUGCCUAUUAGCAUGAACGAUGUGAUGCAGCUCCUCUGCCAUCUUUCUGAAGAGCGAAAAAUGAAGGCUGCCUUCAAGCACUCCGGACGAGGGGCACUGGUGGUGGGAACAACUGCUUUCUUUGGAGGUUUGAUGGCAGGCCCACCUGGCAUUGCUGUUGGAGGUGCCAUUGGUGGUUUGCUUGGGGCCUGGAUGACCGCUGGACAGUUCAAGCCCAUUCCUCAGAUUAUCCUGGAACUGCCUCCUGUGGAGCAGCAGCGGCUUUACGAAAAUGCCUGUGCCAUUAUUCAGAAUCUGGACUGGACUGACACAGCCCAGCUCAUGGCCUUGGUCAUGGCCAAUGGCGCCAUUCAAGAGAAAUUGCUUGGAAUGCUGACGAACUAUAUCACUAAUGAGCUCAGAGCUGAAAUUAAGUAUGGAGACUAGACUCAGAUGUGUAUUUAAGGGUGCUGAGUGCACUUGGCGCCCUCCUGGUACCUUGGUCUGGCGUUUUAGAUUCCUUAAGAUAAUGGUUUUUACAGGAAUAACAAGAUGGCAGCCAUCCAUUUCUACCAUGACCAGAAAUAAUCUUUUUGGGAAAAUGUACAAGGCAGGCUUUGGCUUCCCCAUUCUCUAAUUCAUCUCUACUUCGGUAGCCAAGGGCAGAUCAGUGUGAGCCUCAAUGUGUAUUUAUUUUAAAACUAUUUAUGCCACCAAAACAACCCACUGUGGUACUUGGAGCACCUUGCUCAGUGAAUGUUUCUGAUCUAUCUGACCACCUAAGCAGCAGCAUCUGUAACAAAUCCCAGUGAUGCCAUCAAAGAAGUGCUACCAUUACAUCAUGGUGCAAGGAUCUAAGUCAUGGCAUGGUGCAAGGAUCUAAGUCAUGGCAUUUGCACCAUGAUGACAUCACCAUUUCCUCCCCUCCUAGCUGAUAUGCAUCAUUCUAACUGAAUAAUGGUACACUGAACAGAUGUUGUCCAAUACAAACACUCAGCCUUUUCUGGCCAGUUAGAAGUAUUGAAUUUAUGACCAAAUGUCCUACCCAAAUAUGUUUUUCAGGUCACUGAACUAUAACUCUGAUCAUUGUUGGCUAGCUCAGCUGAUUGGCUGGAGAGAGAGAGAAGUUGGUAGGUAGUUAGCCCCUGAUAGAUACCAAGUUGGAGAAACCUACUGUAAAUAAUUGCACGGUGUUCGAACUACAUGAUGUCCUCUUGCCCACAUUAGAAUGAUCAACAUCAAAUUACUUGGAAUUUGCCAGAUGGGGUCAACUUCCAUAGCUCUGCUGUCAUGGGAUGUGUUUCUUCUUACCUUUCUGCCUUAAUUUUGAGAGGGUGGAGGAGUGAAAUCUUGAAAUCACAAGUUGCCAUCUUUAAAAUGCGAAGCAAAAAAUGUAGCAGAUGUUUCAUCUUAGGUAUUUCUCCUGAAGAACAAUGCAAAUAAAGCUGAAUUUUAAUGUGAA